CUGUGCAUGUAGGAAUUAAAGAUGCGAGGCAAAAAACGGCCACCUGCGCCGUUAAGCGAACCCGCGAGUCACGAUCACCUAAACAAACGGAGAAAUGAACGGCGUUGGUUCCCAACACUCACGUCACGUACUCAAAAAACCACGAGUCAAUUCUAGUCAAAGACACAGAUACCCUCACUGGAAAAGCAAAGCAUAGCAUCUAAAAAGCCGAUUAAUCGGUUUCGGUUUUCCAUUUCGGUACAGUGUAUAAAGGGCAGUUGUAACUGUUUUCGAACUUCACUCAAGUGGCCAUGGCAGGGAGUGAGAGCUUCGAAGCUCUCGAAGUGCAAAAUAAUGAACAGAAACGACAAGGAAAUGAACAAAACAACGGUAAUUUUGUAGAAGAAGAGGAAUUAGAAGGCGAUUAUAUUGAGGAGGAGGAGGAGAGUCAACUCAGUGAGUUGCAGCAACUUGUCGAGUUGCCGAGUUCGCAGGUGGAGGAGGAGAUGAGGGAUGGGCAAGUGGAAACCCUAACGGUGGUGCCGUCUUCUUCCACGGCGAUACUAUCGAAGGAGAAUGAUCAGCAUGUAGAUGAUCUGGCAGGUUUGAAAGGAAAUUCAGCAUUGAAAACGCACGUGGAAGCUGAAUUCAAGGAGCAAGUAGGCUUGUCGCACCAGGAAGUUCUGGGAAGCGUAACAGCCCAGAGUGCUAAAGCCCAGACCCAAAAUCAGCUUCCACCUUCUGCAUGUCCAACUUCCUCGUCAGAACUGUCACUAACUUCUGUUACACAACCUAUAUCAUCUGCUCCAAGUCCAACUCCACCAGAAAAAAGAUUGUCUCCCCCAGAGGUUAAGAAUGCAUGUAUACCAGAAGCAGGGCACCAAAGUUCUGCCAAGCUUAAGGCUCUCCAUGUUCCUGUAGCAAGGACAUCAAUUCCAGAUGGGUACAACUGGCGGAAAUAUGGUCAGAAGCAAGUGAAGAGCCCUAAAGGUUCUCGAAGUUAUUACAAGUGUACUUAUUCUGACUGCUGUGCUAAAAAGAUCGAAUGUUCUGAUCACUCAGGCCGUGUGAUAGAGAUUGUUAAUAAAGGAAUGCACAGUCAUCCACCUCGGAAGAAUAACAGCACUAGGGAAAGUAGGAGUGGAUUAUCUGUUGGGCCUAUUUUGCAGACUACUGUAACUGAGCGUACUGUCAGAAUGCUCAAGGAUUCAGAACCAGUCACAUUGUCAAUAGAACCUGCACAAGAAACACCGACAGUUUCUGAAAGAAAACGACAGAGUUCAAGCAGCUCGGAUGAGAACAAGGAAACUCAAAUCAAAGAGGAGGAUGUCGGUGAACCUGAGCCAAAACGAAGAUUGAAGAAGGGAAACUUAGAGUGUUCAAAGGCUGCUUUAAAACCCGGAAAAAAAACUAAAUUUGUCGUGCAUGCAGCAGGUGACGUGGGGAUCUCAGGUGAUGGAUAUAGAUGGCGCAAGUAUGGACAGAAGAUGGUGAAGGGAAAUCCCCAUCCCAGGAACUAUUAUCGAUGCACUUCUGCUGGAUGUCCUGUCCGAAAGCACAUUGAAACAGCAGUAGAUAACACGAACGCUGUCAUUAUAACAUAUAAGGGAGUACAUGACCAUGACAUGCCUGUACCGAAGAAGCGACAUGGCCCACCAAGUGCUCCGCCUGCUGCUGCUGCUGCUGCUCCUGCGUCCUUGAGCAGCUUGCCAAUUAAGAAAACCGAUACAUUGCAAAACCAAGUUGCUUCAACCCAGUGGUCGGUGGGCAAAGAAGGCGAAUUAACUGGUGAAACCCUUGAUCUCGGGGGUGAGAAGGAGGCGGCGAUAGAAUCAGCUCGGACGCUUCUGAGCAUUGGGUUUGAAAUCAAACCUUGCUGAAAAGCUGAAAAGAUCCUUUCUGUCUAGGUUACAGUAUAAAGAUUACCAGUGGGCUGUCCUCAUUUAUAUGAAAAUCAUGUAGCUUUCUUUCAAUGUAAAUUAUCAGGUUUGAGGAUGUCUUUUCGUUUUUUUCUUCUACUUCAGUAUUUCAGCUGUAUAUUUGGUGUUGUACACCGUCCCGACUCUGAAACAGCCUAAUAGGAGUGGAAAACGGAGAAUUUGUUGGCAUCCA